CGUCUCUUACAAAUGAAUUUAUGGUUUUACGUGAUUCCCGUGGUUUUGGACAAUAUGAAAUUCAAAAACUAAUUUUUGAAUCGGAUCCUAAUAAAAUUGGAUUAGUAAAAGUCAGUAAAUCGAUGUUUUUUGGUUUUGGUUGGUUAAUUCUAAUAACUGAUACCGAACAUGCCAAAGUAUUCUUCUCUGAAAGUGCAUACACCCUUCCAAAGGGCAAAUUACCCGAAAAACAUCCAGCAAUUGUUUUCUUUGGAAAAGGGAUCGCAUUUACGAAUGGAGACCGCUGGGCACGACAACGAAGAAUAGCAACACCAGCGUUCAAUCGAGCACUUCGUCCUGAAAUGGUUGGGGAAUGCGCUAAUGAAUUUAUAAAUUUGUUAAAUACAUGGACGGAUACUCCAAUAGAUGUGUUUUUAUUAAUGCAACGUGUUACUAUUCAAAUAUUAGGAAAAUUGGUUUUCGCAUAUGAUAUGAAAGCAUUGGAUAGUUUGGAGGAACAACCAUAUUUUUUAAAAACAUAUAGUCAAAUUAUUCAACGUGUUACAUCUACAACCUUUGUAUUAUUCUCAUUUUUGAGUGAACUCUCUUUAUUAAUUAAAGAGUUCGACAACUUUCUAUUUAAAAUGAUUGAACAACGAAGGCUUGACAUGUCUAAAGACGUAAAUGAUGGAGAAAAUACUGAUUUAUUGGCUGGAAUCUUAGAAGCUGCUAACCAUGAAGAAUACAG